UUUGUGCUAGACGGGACGGAGACUACAUAUUUGUUAUAACUUUGUAAUAACAACUUAUUACAAAAAUGGAUCUUAUGGAACAUGGAGCAAAUCCGACUGCUGGGCAGAUGAUCAAGGACGAACUGGCGGAAAAAUGCCAAAAACUAUUCCAGGCUUUUUUGGAAGAGUUUCAGAAUAGUGAUGGAGAAGUGAAGUACCUGCGGGACGCAGAGGAGUUGAUCCGGCCGGAAAGGAACACACUCGUGGUCAGUUUUACGGACCUGGAGGGCUUUAAUCAAGAACUGGCAACCGCCAUCCAGGAAGAGUUCUACAGACUUUACCCCUACCUGUGCCAUGCUUUGCGUAAUUUUGCUCGGGAUCAUGGAGAAGUUCCUACCUCAAAGGAAUUCUAUGUUGCCUUCCAGGAUCUACCGACCAGACACAAGAUCCGUGAGUUGACCGUGGCGAAGGCUGGCUCACUCGUGCGCAUCAGUGGCCAGGUUGUUCGUACUCACCCGGUUCACCCGGAGCUGGUGAGCGGGACCUUCCUGUGCUUGGACUGUCAGGGAGUGAUAAAGGAUGUGGAUCAGCAGUUUAAAUACACUCAGCCGAGCAUUUGCCGCAAUCCUGUGUGCAACAACCGUAGACGCUUUCUCCUGGACACAAACAAAUCCAAAUUCAUCGACUUCCAGAAGGUACGUAUCCAGGAGACACAGGCUGAGCUGCCACGGGGCUCCAUUCCUCGUAGUAUGGAGGUGAUUCUGCGGGCUGAGGCUGUGGAGUCGGCACAGGCCGGUGACAAAUGUGACUUCAUUGGCUCCCUCAUUGUUGUGCCAGAUGUAUCCCAACUGUCCACACCAGGUGUGCGUGCUGAGACCAGUUCUCGUACAGCUGGGGUGCAAGGUUACGAGAAUGAGGGUCUUCGUGGGCUUAAAGCUCUGGGUGUCAGAGAACUUUCCUACAAACUUGCAUUCUUGGCAUGCCAUGUAGCCCCCACCAAUCCCAGAUUUGGCGGUAAGGAGAUCCGGGAUGAGGAGCAGACGGCAGAAAGUAUCAAGAAACAGAUGUCGGUACAGGAGUGGGAGAAGGUGUUUGAGAUGAGUCAAGAUAAAAACCUCUACCACAACCUCUGCACCAGCCUCUUCCCUACCAUUCAUGGUAAUGAUGAGGUAAAGCGGGGGAUUCUGCUCAUGUUGUUUGGAGGUGUUCCCAAAACCACCAUGGAGGGCACAUCUCUGAGAGGAGACAUCAACGUCUGCAUCGUGGGAGACCCCAGCACAGCCAAGAGCCAGUUCCUUAAGCAUGUUGAGGAGUUCAGUCCACGUGCGGUCUACACCAGCGGUAAAGCCUCCAGCGCGGCCGGUCUCACAGCUGCUGUGGUGAGAGAUGAGGAAUCACAUGAGUUUGUCAUUGAAGCCGGAGCGCUCAUGUUGGCUGACAAUGGUGUUUGCUGCAUUGAUGAGUUUGAUAAGAUGGAAAUGAGAGACCAAGUGGCUAUCCAUGAGGCUAUGGAGCAACAGACCAUCUCCAUCACCAAAGCAGGGGUCAAGGCCACUCUGAAUGCUCGCACAUCCAUCUUGGCUGCAGCAAACCCAGUGAGCGGGCGUUACGACCGCUCCAAAUCUCUCAAACAGAACAUCAACCUGACAGCACCCAUCAUGUCACGUUUUGAUCUCUUCUUCAUCCUGGUAGACGACUGCAAUGAAGUCACUGAUUAUGCCAUAGCCAGACGUAUAGUGGAUCUCCACUCCAGAAUUCAGAAUUCUGUCGAUCGGGUCUACAGUCUAGAUGAGAUUCGCAGAUUCCUGCUGUUUGCUCGCCAGUUCAAACCAAAGAUCUCAAAGGAGUCUGAGGAGUUCAUUGUGGAGCAGUACAAGCGUCUGAGACAGCGGGACGGCUCCGGAGUCACUAAAUCAGCCUGGAGAAUCACAGUCCGCCAGCUGGAAAGCUUGAUUCGUCUUUCUGAGAGCAUGGCAAGGAUGCACUGUUGUGAUGAGGUGUGGCAUGAUGCACCGAACGGUGUGAAUGGAGAUGUUAAUGGAGAAGUGAAUGGUCAUGAGCACACAAAUGGUAUUAAUGGUCACGGAGUCAACGAAGAAAGCACUAAACCUUCACUGCGACUGUCAUUUGCGGAGUAUAAACGCAUUUCUAACCUGUUAGUGCUACAUCUGCGUCACGCUGAGGAAGGGCAUGAUGCACCGAACGGUGUGAAUGGAGAUGUUAAUGGAGAAGUGAAUGGUCAUGAGCACACAAAUGGUAUUAAUGGUCACGGAGUCAACGAAGAAAGCACUAAACCUUCACUGCGACUGUCAUUUGCGGAGUAUAAACGCAUUUCUAACCUGUUAGUGCUACAUCUGCGUCACGCUGAGGAAGCCGAGGACGAGACUGCACUUAAGAAGAGUGAAGUAGUGAACUGGUACCUGAAGGAAAUCGAAUCCGAGAUUGAUUCAGAAAUGGAACUCAUGAAUAAGAAGACAAUGUUAGAGAAAAUUAUCUACAGACUGGUUCACUGUGAUUAUAUUUUGAUUGAGCUGACACAGUCUGGGCUGAAAGGGUCUGCUGAGUCCAGAGGAACAGAAUCUCAGGAGGAAGAUGUUACACUGGUGGUCAACCCCAACUACACAUUUGAUGACUAGACUUUUUGAACUUUACAUUCUCUGCUGUAUCAACUCCAAAUAAGAGACUGUUAGAUAGAUGGUGAUCAGGAAGUGGUGGUGUCCCUCUUCAGUCUCUUCUCUUUUUGUAAAUUGCUUCUGCUCUGGUUUUAGCUUUUUCCCCAUAACGAUUUUUGCAUUGCUUCGAA